GGCACAUUAACAGGGGCUCUUAGUCUUAUCUUAUCUUAGCCCCAGCGGAGACCUCAAGUGCUUUCUUUUUAAUGCAUACUCCUCCUAUUGGCAUAAGUAUACAUCUGUCUUAUCAGAAUUGUGGCUCAGCUUGCUCAAUGGGCAAUUUAUCCCAUCUACGGUUAGGCCGCGCUUAGUGAAGCGCUGAAGGCUACAAGGCUGGCGUCGCCUCUCCAGCCUAGGUACCUAGGUAGCUUUCACUUACAGCAUACAGCAUACAGAGCUAGGUAGUCACUUCUUCCGUCAUCUACUCCAUCAUAUUUCUGCAUUGCACAACAAUCAAUCUCGUCCUGAUCUCUGGUGCCAUCACGACGCAGCCAGACGCCGAAACUUCCGCCUCUUCCGAUCUACCCUCCUCACAGAAUUAGGUCAAGAUGGGUGAUGUAGCGGUAGAGAAUCCGGCCAACACUGUGGCGCCACACAGCAAGCCCAUCCCUUCAACCAUACCCAAUGUCGAGAACAUCGAGGGCAUCCCGUCGCAAGGAGGAGAUGAGUACGCCACAUUAAAAAAGCUGCAGCGGCAUCUAGAAUACAUCCAGCUGCAAGAAGAGUACAUCAAGGAUGAGCAGAGGAGUCUAAAGCGUGAGCUUGUACGCGCACAGGAAGAGAUCAAGCGAAUUCAGAGUGUACCUCUAGUCAUCGGCCAGUUCAUGGAAGCGAUCGACCAGAACACCGGCAUAGUUCAAUCCAGUACAGGCUCGAAUUAUGUUGUACGGAUCCUUUCUACACUCGAUCGCGAACUAUUGAAGCCAUCGUCAUCCGUUGCUCUUCACCGACACUCCAAUGCUCUUGUCGAUAUUUUGCCUCCUGAAGCUGACUCGUCCAUCGCUAUGCUGGGCGCUGACGAAAAACCCGAUGUGACGUAUGCUGAUGUCGGUGGGUUGGAUAUGCAGAAACAGGAGAUUAGGGAAGCUGUCGAGCUUCCCCUAACGCACUUCGAUCUUUACAAACAGAUUGGUAUUGACCCUCCACGAGGUGUCCUCCUGUACGGUCCGCCAGGUACGGGUAAGACUAUGUUGGUCAAGGCUGUGGCCAACUCAACAACCGCGAACUUUAUUCGCGUUGUUGGUUCCGAGUUCGUUCAGAAAUAUCUUGGUGAAGGUCCCCGAAUGGUUCGAGACGUUUUCCGUAUGGCUCGAGAAAACUCCCCAGCCAUCAUCUUUAUCGAUGAGAUUGACGCCAUUGCAACCAAGCGUUUCGAUGCGCAAACCGGCGCCGACCGAGAAGUGCAGCGUAUCUUACUUGAGCUUUUGAACCAGAUGGAUGGUUUUGACCAGACUUCAAAUGUGAAGGUCAUCAUGGCCACGAACCGAGCGGAUACGCUCGAUCCUGCUCUGCUUCGACCAGGUCGGUUGGACCGAAAGAUCGAGUUCCCGAGUUUGAGAGAUCGAAGAGAACGGCGUCUUAUUUUCUCAACCAUUGCUGGCAAGAUGAGCUUAGCACCCGAAGUCGACUUGGAUAGCUUGAUUGUACGGAAUGAUCCGUUGAGUGGUGCCGUUAUUGCUGCGAUCAUGCAAGAAGCUGGUCUUCGGGCUGUCCGGAAAAACAGGUACAAUAUCAUCCAAUCUGAUUUGGAAGAUGCGUACUCUAGCCAGGUCAAGGGGACGAGUGACGAGAACAAGUUUGAUUUCUAUAAAUAAACUCAUACAGGACGACAUAUCAACCGAGGUAUGCCUAUUUAUGAGGGCGACGAUCUUCUGGAGGCAUGGCAUAAAAUAGGUAGACAGAAGUUCGGAUGAACAUUAAUGAGGACUAAGCAUUCUACUGAGCACAAUAUUGCUCAAUGUAUCAGCAGUAUUUAUGGUACACCCAUACUCGCAAUAUUUCAUAACUUCCUUGAGAUUACAAUCUCCGCUCCCCUCUGAUGCUGCCUAUUGUAUAGCUCCGAGGAGUUUGGCAGUAUAAAUCAUGUGGUGAUGUCGUUGUGUGAUAUUUUCUUUUUCUA